AUGAAGAAAUUACAGUUAAAUCCAAUAGUCCUCAUGAUAGCGGCCAAAGUCAAUAAAAAUCCAAACAACAACGAACAAGACGAUAAUUCCUCUGAUGAAGUUGAUAACGAUUUGAAAGAGCUAAUAAUGGGUACAGAAGAAAUGACUUAUGGAGAAGACUUCUUUUUCGAUGCAAAUCCCGUUAAUAAUGAAACAUUAUCAGCUCCAGUUUCAGAACCUAAUAUAACAUCAUCCACCAAUUCAAUAGUGGCAUCAACUGAUUUAAAUUCAAGAUUCCAAACAAACCAUCUAAUUCCAAGUUCUGCUCCAAUUAUGGCUACCACCCUUUAUGAUGAUAGAGGAAAUACUUAUUUGUUGCAGCCUAGUGGAUACGUGUUGCCAGUAUCAAAACCUAACGCUCUUAUCAAACCCAAAACCAAACGUACCAAGAAGAGAAUGUUUUAUCAUAUGCCUAUUCCAACAACUAGAAAUACUCCUACCGAAAAAUUAGUUGAAUCUCAUAUUAAGGUUUUAGAAGUCGUUAAUUUUGAUGAGAUCUUAGACCAGACAUCUACUAGUCGAUAUAAAGAUUUGGAUACUUCAACCUUUGUUCUACAUAAUUCAAAUAUCAGUUCAAAAGCCAGUAGCUUCAAGAGUAGCAUUGCUAAGAAUUCAUUAAAUAGCUCAAUUGAACUAAGUAAUUCUUCAAAAAGUUCAAUAGAACCAACUUCAUCUUCAGAGCAAAUAGGCAAGUCAUCAUCACCACCACUUCCUGAUUUAAAAGAAGAAUAA